AUGUUCAAGUUCUCAACAAGCUUAAAGAGACCACAACUGAUUUUAUCAAGAUCAAUAGUGCUACUCUUUCCAAAGCUAGAUCAUGAUUCCAACACUACCUUUUCGGCAAAUUUUUUUGGAAAACCACCGACUUUUGAUCAAGUUAAACUAAUACUGCUUUCCAAAUGGACCGAUAUUGGAGAAGUUCAAAUUUUCGAUCUUCCUAAUGGAUUCCUUCUAAUAAGGUGUGUGUCUCAGGCUGUGAUGCAACGUCUUCUGCAAGACGGUCCUUGGACCAUCAACGGUAUCAUACGUCAGCUCACCCCUUGGCGUCCAUUCUUCGAACCAGCUUUCUCUAAAUUAAACACUACGGCCAUAUGGGUUCAACUUCAUAAUCUCCCUGUGGAGCUGUGGCAUGAAUCCAAACCUCUGAGUAAGAGCUUCUGGGUUGGAGACGAUGAGCAUCGCGUCUUUGUCAUCGUGCUUUAUGAGAGGCUACCAACAUUUUGCUAUUCCUGCGGCAUGGUAGGUCAUGGUGCUAAUGCCUGUUCUCGAAGGCCGUCGCCGGGAAAUGCCGGAACCACUCUCCCCCCUCGCACUUCACAAGGGUCGGCGGUCGAUUCCGUGCGCUCCCCGAAUGUUGGCAACGAGACCCUUGGCCAAGCUUCUCCUCAUCUUGAUCAAUCUGGUCAAAUUGUCUCUUCCUCGUCCCCUCCUGUGGCGCCGGAUUCGGAAUUUGGGCCUUGGUUGAUCGUCUCCCGUCGGCGUGGCCGCGGUGGUAACGUUUGA